GUGAGGUUUGUGCACUCAGACAAGGAGUCAUAUUACUACCAGAACUUUACUGAAACAAAGAAGAAAUGGGGAACUAUAAAUCUAGACCAACUCAAACUUGCACUGAUGAAUGGAAGAAAAAGGUUAGUGAAUCAUAUUCAAUAAUCAUCGAAAGAUUAGAAGAUGACCUGUUAAUCAAAGAAAAGGAGUUUACAGAACUGAAAAAUGUUUUCAGCUCUGAUGAAGCCUUCAGUAAAGUUAAUUUAAAUUACCGUACAGAAAAUGGACUGUCUCUUCUGCAUUUGUGUUGUAUUUGUAAUGGUAAUAAAUCACAUGUUAGGACUCUUAUGCUGAAAGGACUGCGUCCAUCAAGGUUAACAAGAAAUGGAUUUACAGCUCUGCAUUUAGCAGCUUACAAGGACAAUGCAGAACUUGUCACGGCCUUGCUGCACAGUGGAGCCGAUAUUCAACAAGUUGGCUACGGAGCACUUACCGCUCUUCAUAUUGCUACAAUUGCUGGUCACCAUGAGGCUGUCGAUAUUCUUCUGCAACAUGGGGCAUAUGUUAACGUUCAAGAUGCCGUUUUUUUCACUCCUUUACAUAUUGCAACCUAUUAUGGCCAUGAGCAGGUAACCCGACUCUUGCUGAAAUUUGGUGCUGACGUGAACGUGAGUGGAGAGGUUGGGGACAGGCCCCUUCAUUUAGCUUCUGCCAAAGGAUUUCUCAAUAUUGUAAAGCUUUUGAUGGAAGAGGGCAGCAAAGCUGAUGUGAAUGCUCAGGACAAUGAAGACCAUGUUCCUCUUCACUUCUCCUCUCGCUUUGGGCAUAACGACAUAGUAAAGUUCUUGCUCCAAAGUAAUUUUGAAGUCCAGCCUCAUGUGGUUAAUAUUUAUGGAGACACCUCUCUGCACCUUGCUUGCUACAGUGGAAAAUUUGAAGUUGUGAAGGAAUUAAUUCAGCUGUCAGGAACAGAAAGUCUCACCAAGGAGAAUAUAUUCAGUGAGACUGCCUUUCACAGUGCAUGCACCUAUGGCAAGAACAUCGAUUUAGUGAAGUUUCUACUUGAUCAGAAUGUGCUGAGCAUUAAUCACCAAGGAAGAGAUGGACAUACAGGGCUACAUUCUGCUUGCUAUCAUGGCCACAUCCGUCUUGUCCAGUUCUUACUGGACAAUGGAGCUGAUAUGAAUCUCGUAGCCUGUGAUCCCAGCAGGUCCAGUGGUGAGAAAGAUGAACAGACCUGUUUGAUGUGGGCCUAUGAAAAAGGCCAUGAUGCUAUUGUCACUCUUCUGAAGCAUUACAAAAGACCUCAGGAUGAAUCACCUUGUAAUGAGUACUCCCAGCCUGGAGGAGAUGGAUCUUAUGUGUCAGUUCCAUCCCCACUAGGGAAGAUUAAAAGCAUGACAAAAGAAAAGGCGGAUGUUCUCCUCCUCCGUGCUGGUUUGCCGUCCCAGUUCCACCUCCAGCUUUCAGAAAUAGAGUUCCAUGAAAUUAUUGGUUCAGGGUCAUUUGGAAAAGUGUACAAAGGACGGUGUAGAAAUAAAAUAGUGGCAAUCAAACGCUACCGAGCCAACACUUACUGCUCCAAAUCAGAUGUUGACAUGUUUUGUCGUGAAGUUUCCAUCCUGUGCAGGCUCAAUCACCCCUGUGUCAUCCAAUUUGUUGGCGCUUGCCUGGAUGACCCAAGUCAAUUUGCCAUAGUCACGCAAUACAUAUCAGGAGGAUCCCUCUUUUCCCUGCUGCAUGAACAGAAAAGGAAUCUUGACUUGCAGUCUAAGUUAAUCAUUGCUGUAGAUGUUGCCAAAGGCAUGGAGUAUCUUCACAAUCUUAUCCAGCCAAUAAUACAUCGGGACUUAAACAGUCACAAUAUUCUCCUGUAUGAAGAUGGCCAUGCUGUUGUAGCUGAUUUUGGAGAAUCCAGAUUUCUGCAGUCUUUGGAUGAAGACAAUAUGACAAAACAACCUGGGAACCUGCGCUGGAUGGCCCCUGAAGUAUUCACACAGUGUACCCGGUACACUGUAAAAGCCGAUGUUUUCAGCUACGCUUUGUGUCUUUGGGAACUAUUAACAGGGGAAAUUCCAUUUGCUCACCUCAAACCAGCGGCUGCUGCAGCAGAUAUGGCAUACCAUCACAUCAGGCCUCCCAUAGGCUAUUCAAUUCCCAAACCCAUAUCAUCAUUGUUAAUGAGGGGCUGGAAUGCAUGUCCGGAGGGAAGACCAGAAUUUUCUGAAGUGGUCUCCAAAUUAGAAGAAUGUCUGUGCAAUAUUGAGCUAAUGUCUCCAGCCUCCAGCAACAGCAGCGGUUCUCUUUCUCCUUCCUCUUCAUCGGAUUGCCUGGUUGCUCGAGGGUGUCCUGGCCGUAGCCAUGUUGCUGCUCUGCGUAGCCGCUUUGAGUUGGAAUAUGCCGUGAAUGCAAGAGCGUAUGCUGUGUGGUCUCAAAGCACGGGGCAACAUCCUUCUCAGGGCCUUUCAUUAGAAGAGAUGAGGAGAAAUUUUCAGUAUCCACCUAUUGACCGAAAUGGUUACGUGUCGGAUCCCAUGAGUACGAUGCGAUUUCAUUCCUGCAGCAACAGUGGCAGCUUUGAAGACAGCGGCUGACAGCAGGAGCUGUCUACCUGAAGAGAGAGUCUCCACGAACUGGCAGCCACCGUACUU